UUUUAAACAACACACAGAUCAAGACAACAAUACCUUUUAAUGGAGCUGACUUCUACUCCUGGAGUUUCGAGUUCGAGCUCCUUGUGAAAUCCGCUGGAUUGUGGCCUUUCUUCAGCGGCGAUUAUUCGUAUCCUGUCAGGGGAACAUAGAUGGAGCAGCAGAGUUUUCUUCAUGCUUCACUCAGCGCUUAUGCAGUUCUUAUCCUAACUCUGUCGCUGAAAGAGCAGCUCGGGAUACGCUCUCUUCACACUAGCCUGACUCCAGCUGAAUCUGUCUGGAAGCAUUUAAAGGGGCUGUACAUGGCACAGGAUACCAUUUCCGUGAGUAAGAUUCUCUCACAACUGACAACUGUGCAGGUGAUGGGCAACGAAAACGUUUCGGACUAUAUCAACAGGGCUCGCACACUUCGCGACCAACUAGAAAAAUGCGGCGGAUACUUCCCAAAGGACAUGUUUGUAACAGUUCUUCUUGCCGGCCUUGGACGAUAAUGGUGACAAUGUCGAUCUCUUCUUCGC